AUGGUCGCGGCUCCUAUUUCUGCAAACCCUCUGAAACUAGACGUACGAAGUCAUCUCAAAUGUCUAGCCAUCUGUGUUGUCGCGACAUUGUCGACUUUCCAAUACGGACUGGACUACGCGCUGGUGGGCGGAUUUUUGUCGAUGCCGGGCUUCCUCGAAGUUUUUGGUUAUUACAGUGAAGAUUUGCAAAAAUGGAACAUCGACGCUACUGUCCAGCAACUUAUCUCCUCCCUCAUGACAAUUGGCACGUUUGUAUCUUCAUUGCUGGUUGGUCCUUUCAGCGCGAGGUUCGGGAGACGACAUGGCCUGUGGGCUGCAACCAUUCUCAACUUCAUCGCCACAAGUAUUCAACUAGGCACCACGACUAAGGCCGCUCUCUAUGUUGCUCGACUCAUUCUAGGCAAGUUGCGCAUAUCCGUUGGCUGGUUUUUGACGUUUGCUCAGCUGUACAUUCAUGAAGCCGCGCCGGCCCAUCUUCGCGGCAUUGUCUUUGCCGUCUAUCAAAGCAUGCUGUCAAUUGGGUCCAUUGUUGGGGCCAGUAUUGACUUUGGGACCCACACAAUGGAUGGCAGGCAAGCGUACCAGAUUCCACUUGCAAUAUUCUUUGUUGCUCCAGCGCUCCAAGCAGUUUUACUUUUUGUCGUCGCUCCAGAGUCUCCAAGAUGGCUCAUGGUUCAGCGAAAGGAAGAUCACGCAGAGAGAAGUCUGCGACGGCUACGAAACUCAAGUAUAGAUGAACUGGAAUUCCAAGCCGAACUGAAUGAAAUCCGUCAGUCAACUAGGGAGCAACUGGAACAGAACAAGAAGCUCCUUUUCCUGGAAAUGUGGCGAGGGACAAACUUGCGUCGCACCCUUCUUUCGAUUGCGGUUGUGUGUUUCCAUUCCGCCAACGGAUCAAGCUGGGUCAACAUCUACACGACAUACUUUUUGGAGAUUGCCGGAGUGCACAAUCCUUUCGCCUACUCGAUUCUAGUGACUUGCACUGGCCUUAUCGGUGUCCUCGUCAGCUUCUUCUUCGUGCGACUGAUAGACCGACGCAUGGUCAUGCUUAUUGGAAUCACGGCCUGUGGGAUAUGCCAACUGAUACCCGCAAUUGCAUGGAGUGCAAACCCCGGUACCGAAUCAACCGGCAAGGUUGUCGUUGCAUUCAUUGCUCUCUUCACUUUCUUCUAUGUUGCCUACGCACCUUAUGCCUGGCUUCUCGGCGGCGAAUAUGUGAACAAUCAACUUCGUGCGUUUACAUUUGGCCUGGCAACAGCCAUGAACUUCCUUGGUAAUUGGCUAGGUACAUUUACGGCCCCUUAUUUCAUCAACCCGGCAAAACUCGCCUGGGGACCAAAGUACGGGUAUAUAUGGUUCGGAAGUAACAUGAUUUGUGCGAUAUUUACCUGGUUCUUCCUACCAGAAACACGAGACCGCACUUUGGAGGAAAUUCACGAGAUGUUCGAGGCGAGACUUCCGGCAAGGAAAUUUAAACACUAUGUUUGUACAGGAGUGGAAGGAUAUGCUGCCGAAGCGAUGGGCAAGGAUCUUAGCGAGCGAAAGAACAUGGGUCAGUCCACCCACGUGGAAGAACUCAGCGAGGCGGAGAAUAAGAGUCAAGCAUGA